CUGGGUGAGUUUACAAACAACAGCUGGUUGGUUCCAAUAAAUUGCGCGUAUAUACUGCUCCGUAUAUACACUCCCUUGGCCGGGGCUCUCUCUCUCUCCCUCUCCUGUCAUCAGAUUCCGUGGUCAAUGGCUAGUCCGGUCCCGGCAACGAAGAAGGCGGGGAGAGAGGGCGGCUCUUCCGAGAGCGGCAGUUCCGAGAGCGGUGGAUCGGACAGAUUCGCCGGCGGCGUUGGCUCUUUCGAGUACUCUGGCUGGGUGUAUCAUCUCGGAGUCAACUCAAUUGGCCAUGAGUAUUGCCAUCUCCGCUACCUCUUCAUCCGCGGCAUGUACGUCGAAAUGUACAAGCGCGACCCCCAUGAGAAUCCCGGCAUUAAACCCAUUAGAAGGGGUGCUGUUGGACCCACACUUAUGAUUGAGGACUUGGGUCGUCGACGAGUUAAUCAUGGGGAUGUUUAUGUUCUGAGAUUUUACAAUCGGUUGGAUGAAACCAAAAAGGGAGAAAUUGCUUGUCCUACAGCCGGAGAAGCCAAACAAUGGAUGAAUGCAUUUGAUCAGGCAAAACAACAGGCAGAAUAUGAGUUGACAAAAGGUGGCAGUGCAAGGACUAAGCUAAACUUGGAGACCGAGAUUAACCUUGAAGGACAUCGACCUAGAGUGCGGCGCUAUGCACAUGGCUUGAAAAGGCUAAUAAAAAUAGGACAAGGUCCAGAGAAACUUCUGCGCCAAGCUUCAAAUCUUGGUGCAACAGAAUUGUACUAUGACACAGAUGGAGCUGAUGCAAUAGAACCACAUGAAUGGAAAUGCGUCCGGACAAUUAAUGGUGUUCGAAUAUUCGAAGAUGUGGCUGAAGCAAAGAGUGCUAAGGGUGUUCUUGUCAAGGCAGUUUGUGUUGUUGAAGCAAGUGCAGACACUGUCUUUGAGGUGGUGUUAAGUCUUGAUCGACGCCAACGAUAUGAGUGGGAUGCAUUGACAGGUGACCUUGAGUUGGUUGAUUCAUUGGAUGGACACUAUGAUGUAGUUUAUGGAACCUUUGAUCCAAGACACCUCACUUGGUGGCAAUCUAAAAAAGAUUUUGUCUUCUCCCGACAAUGGUUUCAUGGGCAAGAUGGAACAUAUACAAUCUUGCAAUUUCCUGCUGUUCAUAAAAAGCUGCCUCCAAAAUCUGGAUAUCGACGUACAAAAAUUUACCCUUCUACCUGGGAGAUAAGGAAUCUACACACAUCAUCAGGCUCUCCCAAAUGUCUUGUGGCACAAAUGCUUGAGAUACACUGCAAAAGCUGGUUUAAAUGGAAGAAGAAUAACUUCAUAGAAUUUGAGAAAACCAUUCCUGUUGGAUUGUUGAGUCAAGUGGCAGGUCUCAAGGAAUAUGUAGGAGCAACUCCAGCAUUCACAUUUGAAUCAUCCACCGUAACAGUUCAUUCAAAUACAUCUGAUGUUUCUACACCCAGUGUCGAAUUUGAUGGUGAGGAAGGAUCAGAUCAAUUCUAUGAUGCGAUUACUGUUGAGUCAUCUUCAUCGGAAGAUGAAAGCGACAAUGAAGUUGAACUCGUAAACAAGGACAAAAAAUUUAAGCUGAAGAAUGUUUCAUGGGCAAUAGCAAGCUUGGCAUUGAGGCGAGAUUCAGCGCCAGAUGUUGGCAGGGAGUUAAAUCCAAGUGUGCCCCGUGUAAUGCUCAAUCCAAGUAAUUUCCAUGGAACCAUGCAACAAGGGAAAGAUGAGAAUGACACUAACUGUUGGACCUCUCCAGAAGGUUCAGGGUUCAUGAUCAGAGGGAAGACAUAUUUAAAAGAUUACACUAAGGUCAAGGGAGGAGAUCCUUUGCUAAAGCUAAUUGCAGUUGACUGGUACAAGAUGGAGAAUUCAAUCUCAAAAGUUGCUUUGCAUCCUAAGUGUCUUGCUCAGUCUGAAGCUGGAAAGAAUAUUCCAUUCAUCCUCAUCAUUAACCUCAUGGUUCCAGCUAAACCAAACUAUAGCUUGGUUCUUUAUUAUGUUGCUGAUCGGCCUGUUAAUAAGGAUUCAUUGUUGGGUAAAUUUGUUGAUGGGACUGACAUGUAUCGUGAUUCAAGAUUUAAAUUGAUUCCAAGCAUUACUGAGGGAUAUUGGAUGGUCAAACGUGCAGUUGGAACUAAAGCCUGUCUUUUGGGUAAAGCAGUGACAUGCAAGUACCUCCGCCAAGACAAUUUUCUAGAGAUUGACGUGGACAUUGGCUCUUCUUCUGUCGCAAGGAGCAUCAUUGGUUUAGUACUGGGAUAUGUAACUAGCCUUGUUGUUGAUCUUGCUAUUUUGAUAGAGGCAAAAGAAGAGGCAGAACUCCCGGAGUACAUUCUUGGAACUGUUCGGCUAAAUCGAGUGAGGCUUGACUCUGCUACCCCAUUAGAUGCUUGAGGGUUUCAUUCAUACAAAAUGAUUGAGCGGAACAUGCAUUCUUCAAAGCAAUAAGAAAUUGAGACUUUCAUAAUUUGUCAAAUAGGUAUUUUUGGUUCUUCAAACAAGAGAAUGUGGAUAUUGUAUCACUGUAUAUUUUGCACUUAAGAGACUCAUAAU